AGGAAGGAAGGAAGGAGUCAGGGGGGAGGCAAAGCGGAAGUGACGCAGGAAUGGCGGAAAGCGAGCAGCAGCAGCAACUGCGCAGCCUGCGGGACUUCCUGCUGGUCUACAACCGGAUGACGGAGCUCUGCUUCCGGCGUUGCGUCCCGGGCUUACUCCAGCGAGGCUUAGACGGGAGCGAGGAGGCGUGCCUGGAGGGCUGCGCGGGGAAGCUGGUCCGCUCCAAUCAGCGCCUGAUCUCGGCCUACGUGCGCCUCAUGCCGGCCUUGGUCCAGCGCCGCCUGCAGGAGGGCGGGCCCGCCAAGCCGGAAGGGGAGGAGCCUCCCUCGCCCGGAAGUGGGGGCUGAAGCCGUGCCCUGCCUCAAAUACAAACGCCUGUUCCUCC